UGCUUUGUAACUCCAAUGGCGGCGUUUGCUAAAUCCUCUCAACUCCAUGCUCAAAGGGACCAUCCCAUUCUUCCCACCAGUUCUUGCAACUCAAAGCUCAAAACUUUCACUUUCACCCAUAACUUGAAGACCCUCCAUCCCCGACUCAGAAAUUCUAAAUCUAUUUGGGUCUCAAAUUCUGUCACCGCCACCGCCAUCACCACCAUCAGCAGCAACAACCCAAACUCUGAUAUUUGUCAGCUAUGCCUUGAUGGGAACUUGGACCGUGCUAUGAGCUACUUAGACUCCAUGAACGAGCUUCAAGUUCCAGUUAAUGAAGAUGCUUACGUUGCUUUAAUAAGGUUAUGUGAGUGGAAGAGAGCAAGGAAGGAAGGGUCUCGGGUUUACUCAUAUGUUUCCAAGUCCAUGACCCAUUUGAGCCUUCAGGUUGGGAAUGCCCUUUUGAGCAUGUUUGUGAGGUUUGGGAACAUGGUGGAUGCUUGGUUUGUGUUUGGGAGAAUGGAGGAGAGGAGUGUGUUCUCUUGGAAUGUUUUGGUUGGUGGCUAUGCUAAAGCUGGGUUCUUUGAUGAGGCAAUGGAUCUCUAUCAUAGAAUGUUGUGGGUUGGUGUGAGGCCUGAUGUUUACACUUUUCCUUGUGUUUUGAGGACUUGUGGUGGCAUGCCUGACCUGGUGAGGGGCAGAGAGGUCCAUGUGCAUGUUAUGAGAUAUGGGUUUGAGUCAAAUGUGGAUGUGGUUAAUGCAUUAAUAACCAUGUAUGUGAAAUGUGGGGAUAUCAAUACUGCUAGGUUGGUGUUCGAUAAAAUGCCUAAUAGAGACAGAAUUUCUUGGAAUGCCAUGAUUUCUGGGUAUUUUGAAAAUGGAGAGUGUUUGGAGGGUCUGAGAUUGUUCUGUUUGAUGCUUGAAUAUCCGGUUGAUCCAGAUUUAAAGACCUUGACCAGUGUGAUUACUGCAUGUGAACUUCUGGGUGAUGAGAGAUUGGGGAGGGAGAUUCAUGGUUAUGUUCUGAGAACAGAGUUCGGGAGAGACCCUUCAGUUUGCAAUUCGUUAAUUCCAAUGUAUUCAUCGGUUGGACUUAUUAAGGAAGCUGAAAAAGUUUUCUCUCAAACAGAAUGUAGAGAUGUGGUGUCAUGGACUGCUAUGAUAUCAGGUUACGAGAAUAGUUUGAUGCCUCAGAAAGCUCUUGAGACAUAUAAAAUGAUGGAAGAUGAAGGUGUCAUGCCAGAUGAAAUCACCAUAGCCAUCGUACUAUCUGCUUGUUCUUGUUUAUGCAAUUUAGAUAUGGGGAAGAACCUUCAUGAGGUGGCCAAGCAGACAGGGCUCAUCUCUUAUGUUAUGGUUGCAAACACACUCAUUGACAUGUAUGCUAAGUGUAAAUGCAUUGACAGGGCUUUAGAAGUUUUCCACUCUACUCAUGGCAAGAAUAUUAUAACUUGGACAUCUAUUAUCCUUGGCCUUCGGAUCAACAAUCGGUGUUCGGAAGCCUUAUUUUUCUUCAGGGACAUGAUUCUUAGACUAAAGCCCAACUCUAUUACUUUAAUUUGUGUCCUCUCUGCAUGUGCCAGAAUAGGAGCUUUGACAUGUGGAAAAGAGAUCCAUGCUCAUGCUUUGAGAACUGGAGUAAGUUUUGAUGGUUUUCUGCCCAAUGCAAUUUUGGACAUGUAUGUAAGGUGUGGAAGAAUGGAAUAUGCGUGGAAACAAUUUUCCUCAGGUAAUCAAGAUGUUGCAGCAUGGAACAUUUUGCUAACAGGAUAUGCUGAACGCGGGAAAGGAGCACUUGCUACUGAGCUUUUUCAGAGAAUGGUAGAGUCAAACGUCUAUCCUGAUGAAAUUACAUUUAUCUCCAUAUUAUGUGCUUGCAGCAGAUCUGGUAUGGUGGUAGAAGGCUUAGAAUAUUUUAAAAGUAUGAAAGAUAAGUACUCUAUUGCACCUAAUCUGAAACACUAUGCAUGUGUAGUUGAUUUACUGGGCCGUGCUGGGAAAUUAGAGGAUGCUUAUGGUUUCAUACAGAAAAUGCCAAUGAAACCAGACCCAGCAGUUUGGGGAGCCUUGCUAAAUGCAUGCAGGAUCCACCAUAAUGUUGAGCUUGGGGAACUUGCAGCAGAGAACAUCUUUCAAGAUGAUAGAACAAGUGUUGGCUAUUACAUUCUUCUUUCUAACCUAUAUGCUAACAACGGUAAAUGGGACAAAGUUGCAAAAGUAAGGAAAAUGAUAAGACAGAAUGGACUAAUAGUAGACCCUGGAUGCAGCUGGGUGGAAGUCAAGGGCACAGUGCAUGCUUUUCUCAGUGGUGAUAACUUACACCCUCAAAUGAAGGAAAUAACUGCAGUUUUGGAGCGAUUUUAUGAGAAGAUGAAGGAAGCUGGUAUUGAAGGACCACAGAGUAGUCAUAUGAACAUAAUGGAAACUUCUAAGGCUGAUAUAUUUUGUGGGCACAGUGAGAGACUGGCCAUUGCCUUUGCACUUAUUAAUUCUUCCCCUGGGAUGCCUAUUUGGGUGACGAAGAAUCUAUAUGUGUGUCAAAGUUGUCACAACAUUGUUAGAUUUAUCUCUAAGGAGGUGCGCAGAGAGAUUUCUGUAAGGGAUGCUGAACAGUUUCAUCAUUUCAAGGGAGGCAUCUGUUCUUGCAUGGAUGAAGGUUACUAGAGUCAUUGGGCUAAGAAUCAUUGAUCAACCACAUAACAUACACAACAUGCUAUGCAGAGAAAGAAAAUAAAAGGCUGUUAUGUUUUAUAUUGCACAUAGUUUAUUCGUUGACCAAGUGUAAUUUCUUGUCAACAACAAUUUUUAUGCCCCCCUCCCCCCUUCAAAAAAAAGAAAAAUAGAAUCAGGAUAUGUCUGCUCCUCUGA